AUGGUUCGCGAGGAGUUGAUCUCCUCUGCUGUGACAUUCCUCCAGGAUCCCUCUGUGGCUUCGGCUCCGAUUGAAAAGAGGAUAUCGUUCUUGCAGUCCAAGAACCUGACCAAAGAGGAGAUAGAUGUUGCUCUCGCCCGUACAGGAGAGGAUCCCUCAGCGGUGGUAUCAUCCACAACGUCGAGCCCGUCGACCUACCAGUCUGCACCACAACAAGCUGUCUAUCGACCCCCUCCUCCACCUCCGUCGGGGUAUGGCUAUCCCCCAUAUGCCCAGUGGCAAUCUCCGCCAGAGCCCCCUAAGCGGGACUGGCGUGAUUGGUUUAUAAUGGCUACGGUCAUGGGAGGUGUUAGUUAUGGACUGUAUUUUGUGGCUAAGGUAUGUAUCCUUCUGUCUUGGAGCGCACAACUCUCUAACGACGAUAAGCGAUAUAUUACACCGUUAAUUGCGCCCCCGACCCCGCCACAGCUGGAGCAAGACAAACAAAAUAUCGAUGAGCAGUUUUCCCGGGCUUUUGCCCUGAUAGAGCAGCUUUCUGCAGACACUUCAGCGCUUAAAACGGCCGAGGAGACGCGCACUGAGAAGCUAGACGCUACAUUGCGAGAUGUAGAAACACUGAUCGCUGAUCUAAAAACCGCUUCGAGACGGCGAGAUGAUGAGACCCGUCGCAUCAAUGAUGAAGUCAACGCAUUGAAAGACGCCAUCCCUAGAGCCCUUCAGGGCGCUCGGGAGGGCAACGAGAAUCGCCUGCGGGAGCUGGGAACUGAAUUAAAGAGCUUGAAGACUCUUUUGGGCAAUAGGCUUGGUGCUGCUGCCGCCUCUAGCGCUCCAGUCACAGUAAAGGCCGCUGAUACGACAACUCUCCCCAGCGCUCCGGAAUCCACUCAGACCGCAGCCACCCCUACCACCAACGGAGCCACGCCCACCGCACCCCAACCCGAGACUCCAGCUACUUCGCAGACAGCCCAGGCUUCGAGCGCCAAUCCUACCAACCCUCUAUCGCGAUUCAGCAAGUCCCCGUCUAUUCCGGCCUGGCAGCUGGCCGCUGCAAACCGAUCAAAGCCGGUAAACCCUUCUACUUCGGCCUCGACAGGUGACAAUUCCACUUCUACCGCAGACCAGUCUGCGGCGGCCAGUUAA